AUGGUUGAUGAAGAUUUCACUCAGUUGUACCAACACCUAGACAACUUGCGCGAAGGGUGCAAGCGAGGCGGUGUAAGUCUUCCCGAGAGCAUCUACGAUGCUUCUGCGGAGAUCUUGAAGGCACUCUCUGCAUCUCAUGGCGACGAAGAGGGUGCAAUGGAGCUACUAGCCGUUAAGUUCAAAAGGGGGGCCAAGCGAGAACAUGCCGCGACAGCGAAGGCCCGUGAAACCGAACGAGCUAUCGGUGAUGCAGGAGAGGAAACACCCGUGGAUCUGGAAGAAGACGAGGUUGGCGACGAGAACAUCGCUGCGAAUGAAGGAGAAGAGCCGCCACGGAAGGUAUCUCGCUUGACUGAAGACGUUCGUAAAGAGCCGGCGGCUGUGUUCUCGAAUCAAGUUAUCGUGAACACAUUCGCGGACUAUGGAGAGCAGCAACUUCAUCAAGGACACACGGGGACAGGAGUCACUCAUCUGCGUGCAGCGUGUGCUAUUCGAGACUAUCCCCGCGCCAUCGAAUCUGGUACGGAAGCUCGUGCUGUUCCAUUGGUUGGAUCCAAGAUGGCAACUCAAAUUGAACAGCUUUUGAGCUCUGGAAAGCUGGAAGACAAACUCAAGCUGGACGAUGUGGAAAAGCACACGCUGCCUGAAUUGGUUCACGAAGUGCACGAAACUCGAGCAAAAUGUUCUGAAAACCAAAUCCUGGUUGAUGAGCUUUCGAAAUUUGGGGAACACGAGCUUAACUUCCGUAGCGUUAGCAAAGGGAUGACUCACCUACGCGCAGCCCGAGAACUACAGCUAACCAAUCAGGUUGUCAGUUCCGGAGACCAGGCUCGUCGUGAAGUACCUCUUGUUGGAGCAACAAUUGCCGACAAGAUUGACCAGAUUCUGAAAUAUGGCCGCAUUGUUAAGGAUAUCCCAGUUGCGGGAAGAAACAUUCAACCGGAACUGAUUGUGGAGGAGCGUGCUGUGCGGCCUGAAAAUCAGCUCCUCGUGGAUGCAUUGGUCGACUACGGCAGUAGUCAUUCGCACUCGGGUCAUGCUGGCAAGGGUGUUGCCCAUUUACGUGCUGCAAUGGCAAUUCGAGAUUCGGAUAUUGUGGUGACGUCGGGAAAGCAGGCGGCAGAGUCGAUCAAGUAUGUUGGAGCUCAAAUUGGUGCAAAGAUCGAUCAACUGUUAGAACAUGGUCAUGCUGAUACCGACGAUGAAGUAGAUGACCAAGACGACCAAGGAAGCGAGUUUGGAGUUCGCGAACCUUCUGGUACCCCACGAAUUGUUCACGAAGUUCGCAGCAAGCAAGCACGAGUCGAAGGAAACCAGAAAAUUGUGGACGCGCUUUCAGAUCGUGGAGAAAUGCAGCUUGCUCAGUGUCACACGGGUCAAGGAACGGCUUCUAUGCGUGCAGCCUGUCGUCUACGAGAUACUGCAGAGUUAGUGACAAGUGGCACUGUGGCCCAAGCAUUGGGCUGCAUUGGGAACAAAGUUGCUACUUUCAUCGACGCGUUGACGUGUCAGUCGCCGGACGAGGCGGAGGACAUCACCGAAGAAGCAGAAAAGUAGGACGCAGCAAUGUAGGCAUGUGGCAGAUUUAUUUUGUAACUUUUAAUACUUUGGAAAAAUACACACUUUGCUGAGAAAUUUA